AGCGCGGCUCGGGCGGGGGGCGCGGCGGAGCGCUGGGGCUCGCGGCGGGCCGCUGUCGUCAUCAGCCCGCGACCAGACGGGCGGCGCCAUCUUCGAACUGGGACUUCCGGAAGGACUUGGGUGCGGGGGCAGCCAUUUUAGGGGGUGCUGAUGGAUGCCUGCGGGGUCGGCUAUGUUGCCCUGGGGGAGGCCGGCCCCGUGGGGACCGUGACUGUGGUAGACUCUCCCGGACCAGAGGCGCUCAGCCCGCUUGAUGUCGAGGCCCCUUCAGAAAGCACCAAUGCGGAGGCGUCCAUAGCGAUGUCUUUCGCUCCCCCUGUGCCCGGAUUUGAGGAUUCUCUCGAGGAGCGGAGGCUCCCCCCAGAGCUGGAAGGCCUCUCCAGGCUGGACGAGCCAGAUCUGCCUUCAGAGAUGGCACAGGUCUCCAAGCCCAGGGCCUCCAAGCCUGGCCGGAAGCGAGGUGGCAGGCCACGGAGAGGCCCCAAGAGGUCCCAGCAGCCUCCCCCUCCAUCGGCCCCGCUGGUUCCUGGCCUCUUAGAACAGCCCAGCCCUCUGCCCACCCCCAUGCCUAAGAAGCGCGCCCGGAAGGCCAAGGGAGACAUGCUCCUGCUGAAGUUGUCGAAAGACCUGGAACACCCAGAGUCUCCCCUUCCUAAGGGGCCCCCCGAGGACUUCGAGACCCCUGCUGGGGAACGACCCCGCCGAAGGGCUGCCCAAGUGGCACUUCUGUAUCUUCAGGAACUGGCCGAAGAGCUCUCCACCACCCUGCCCGCUCCCGUGACCUGUCCCGAGAACCCCACGGUGAGCAGCCCCACCAAGCGGAGGAGAGGCCGGCCGCAGGCAGCCUGUGCUGGGGGAGACGAGGCCACCACCACGCAAGAUGAGGACUUCGUCCUCCAGGUGGAGGCUGAAGACGAAGAGGAGAGUGAGGUGCCGAGCGAAAACUCAUCUGACCCCGAGCCCACGGUGUCCCGAAGCACCCAACGAGCCUCCUCCUCCGGGAAGCAGAAGCCGCACUGCCGGGGCGUGGCCCCCAACGGCUUACCGAACCACAUCAUGGCUCCAGUUUGGAAAUGUCUCCAUCUCACCAAAGAUCUCCGAGAGCAGAAGCAUUCCUACUGGGAGUUUGCAGAAUGGAUCCCGUUAGCCUGGAAGUGGCACUUACUGUCCGAACUCGAGGCGGCCCCCUACCUCCCCCAGGAGGAGAAGUCGCCGCUCUUCUCUGUCCAGCGCGAAGGGCUUCCUGAGGAUGGCACCCUCUACCGGAUAAACAGAUUCAGCUCCAUCACAGCACACCCCGAGCGCUGGGAUCUGUCCUUCUUCACGGGGGGCCCGCUCUGGGCGCUGGACUGGUGCCCGGUGCCGGAGGGGGCCGUCGCCUCGCAGUACGUGGCCCUUUUCUCCAGCCCCGACAUGAAUGAGACGCACCCUCUGAGCCAGCUCCAUUCCGGCCCUGGGCUGCUUCAGUUCUGGGGCCUGGGGACCCUGCAGCAGGAGAGCUGCGCUGGCAACAGGGCCCACUUCGUCUAUGGGAUUGCUUGUGACAACGGCUGCAUCUGGGACCUCAAGUUCUGCCCCAGCGGGGCCUGGGAACUCCCGAGCACCCCUCGGAAGGCUCCGCUACUGCCCCGUCUGGGCCUCCUGGCUCUGGCCUGCUCUGACGGGAAGGUGCUGCUCUUCAGUCUCCCGCACCCCGAGGCCCUGCUGGCUCUGCAGCCUCCAGAUGCCAUGAAGCCCGCCAUCUAUAAGGUUCAGUGUGUGGCCACCCUCCAGGUGGGCUCCAUGCAAGCCACCGACCCCUCUGAGUGUGGGCAGUGCCUGAGCCUGGCCUGGAUGCCCACCCGGCCCCAUCACCACCUGGCGGCUGGAUACUAUAACGGCAUGGUGGUUUUCUGGAACCUUCCCACUAACUCGCCUCUGCAGCGGAUCCGACUGUCCGACGGCUCCUUGAAACUCUACCCCUUCCAGUGUAUCCUCGCUCACGACCAGGCCGUGCGCACCCUUCAGUGGUGCAAAGCAAACAGCCACUUCCUAGUCUCUGCGGGGAGUGACCGGAAAAUCAAGUUCUGGGACCUUCGGCGACCUUAUGAACCCAUAAACUCUAUCAAGCGAUUCUUGAGUACAGAGCUGGCCUGGCUGCUCCCCUACAAUGGUGUCACCGUGGCUCAGGACAACUGCUAUGCCUCGUAUGGACUCUGUGGGAUUCACUAUAUUGACGCUGGUUACCUUGGCUUCAAGGCCUACUUCACUGCUCCUCGGAAAGGCACCGUCUGGAGUCUUUCCGGAUCUGACUGGCUGGGGACAGUUGCAGCAGGAGAUAUUUCUGGGGAACUCAUCGCAGCCAUAUUGCCUGAUAUGGCGCUGAACCCAAUAAAUGUCAAGCGACCUGCGGAACGAAGAUUCCCUGUUUAUAAAGCGGACCUGAUGCCUUACCAGGACAGGCAUGAAGAUGAAGACCACUCGAACUCAGCCGGGGCCCCCAACCCUCCUCCCAAGGCUCGAACCUACGCUGAAACCGUGAACCAUCACUACUUGCUCUUUCAGGAUACAGACUUGGGCUCCUUCCACGACCUGCUCCGCCGGGAGCCCAUACUGCGCAUGCAGGAGGGAGAGGGGCACUCGCAGCUCUGCCUGGACAGGCUGCAGCUGGAGGCUGUUCACAAGGUACGUUUCAGCCCAAACCUGGAUUCCUAUGGCUGGCUGGUGUCGGGGGGGCAGUCGGGGCUGGUCCGAAUCCAUUUUGUCCGUGGACUCACCUCCCCGCUGGGCCACCGUAUGCAGCUCGAGAGCCGAGCCCAUUUCAGUGCUAUGUUCCAGCCAUCCUCCCCGACCGAGGGGCCCGACUUCUCCCCGGCCAGCCAUCCCCUUCUGCCCAGUCCCUAGUCAGGCCCACACGGGACCUCGG